AUGUCUACGGAUCAUCAAGAAGGAGCCGAUAUUGAUUCUAUUGUUGAUAGAUUAUUAGAAGUAAGAGGUUCAAGACCUGGGAAACAAGUUACUCUUCAAGAGCAUGAGAUACGUUAUCUUUGUACUAAAGCUCGAGAAAUCUUUAUUCAGCAACCUAUAUUAUUGGAAUUAGAGGCACCUAUCAAAAUCUGUGGUGAUAUUCACGGUCAGUAUUAUGACUUGUUACGAUUAUUUGAAUAUGGCGGGUUCCCCCCAGAAGCAAACUAUUUGUUUCUUGGUGAUUAUGUUGAUAGAGGUAAGCAAAGUUUAGAGACAAUAUGUCUCUUAUUAGCUUACAAGAUUAAGUACCCCGAAAAUUUUUUCAUAUUGAGAGGUAAUCAUGAAUGUGCUUCGAUUAAUAGAAUUUAUGGUUUUUACGAUGAGUGCAAAAGAAGGUAUAAUAUAAAAUUGUGGAAAACUUUUACAGAUUGUUUUAAUUGCUUACCUAUAGCAGCUAUUAUAGAUGAGAAAAUAUUCUGUAUGCAUGGAGGUUUGUCGCCAGACUUGAACUCAAUGGAACAAAUUAGAAGAGUAAUGAGACCAACUGAUAUACCAGAUGUUGGUUUAUUAUGUGACUUGUUGUGGUCGGAUCCAGACAAGGAUAUCACCGGAUGGUCAGAAAAUGAUCGUGGUGUUUCUUUUACAUUUGGUCCAGAUGUCGUUUCACGUUUCUUGCAAAAACACGAUAUGGAUUUGAUUUGUAGAGCACACCAAGUUGUUGAAGAUGGAUACGAGUUUUUUAGUAAGAGGCAAUUGGUUACCUUAUUCUCGGCUCCCAAUUAUUGUGGAGAAUUUGACAAUGCUGGGGCAAUGAUGUCUGUUGAUGAGUCCUUAUUGUGCUCUUUUCAAAUUUUGAAACCAGCUGACAAAAAGCCAAGGUAUCCUGUUGGAGGCUCAAAUGUCGGUGGUAAUAUUGCUAGGCCAGGUGCUGGUAACACUCCAGGUAGAAAGCCAAAGAAAUCAACUAAAUAA